AUGAUAGCUCAGGCUUGGGCCAAGAUCCCUUUGUUGGUCCGCUCAUUUCGCUUUGUGGCUAAAGGGUUGCGGACUAUUUAUAAGACUGCGUAUCAUCAUCUCAAGAUCAAGAGCAGGCAGAACGGUGACUACAUCGAAAUGGAUGACAUGUCUGUAGUCCAGGUUUUUCGAGUCCUGGACACUUUACAGCGGAUUGAUAUUGGAACUAUAGCAGGACGGGCACUAGCGCUUGCAACCACGCGUCCGUUUAUUUCCGCCAUUGGUGGAGCUUUAACUGGUGCAAAUAUUGAAAGUAUCUCUGAAAAAAUCGGGAAAAUCAUCCGUGACCUCUCCGAUGAUCCAGUGGAGCCUCCCAGCGAGACACCGACAAUCUCUAUCUCCAAAACAAUAUCCGCAUCGACCACGACGCAAUCAUCUACAUCAAGCAGUUCAUCCACCACCGCCGCCGCUACGCCAGUCCCAAUUCUGAUUAUCACCCGCACCGGCACAACUGAAAACCAGUUUAACGCCUUACUCAAAGACCUUCCGUCCGAUCCCCGCAACUACGACAUAUCUCAGUCCAGUGUCAAUCUGUUCAUGACCGUCGCCUUCUUGAACCUUACCUUCGCUCAUGAGCUGCGGACAAAUGCAAUUGUUCAAUCCUUGUCCUUGGAAGUGUUUUCAAAUUUUCCCCUCCUGGACGUUGGGUCGACAGAGGCGCCAAGAGCAUGGCCAGAAGAGGACCCGAAUCUGAAACGAGAUCUGAAGGAUGAUGCAGCAAUUCAUACGAGAGCUACAGGCUGCCCUGAAGCUACUCCGGGAGCUAGCAAUAUGAUUGAACUAUUUCUGCAGAGAGUUGCACCGAACCAUCUCCAGUGGUUGAGUCGGAUACAAAGAAGUCCUCAAACCGCAGCUGCGGCGUACAGGUUCAACAGCUCAUACCUGUUCUCGCAACAGCAUCCAGUUUCGACCGACAGAAGACCUGAAAUUUUCGUGCUGGACAGCGGUAUAAACAAGGACCACCAGGUGAAUACUUCCAAGACUUUGGCCGAAUCAUCUUUUUUCCAAUUUAUCCCUACUGUGGUGUUCCUCCGUUGCUUCUCAUUUCUCCUUCUGUUCCUCAACUAUUAUUGCAGCACGUUAAUACCACUGCCCAACCAGGAAUUCGCUACCAUCCUGAAUAGUCCCUCCUUCAUACCUGGCUGGCUUUGGAGAUCCUAUACCAACGCAGGCGGUAACGCAGGCGGUAGUCUCAUUCCGCAAACAGCCUUCACGGAAAUCAACGACCUCGCUGGCCACGGGACAUGCAUGGCAUCCGUCGCAGCAGGGAGGUUCUCUGGCACCAUCAAGAACGUGCGUUUUAACGCUAUCAAAGUCGCAACGGGGACCGUCCCUGUUGACGAUAUCAGUGGGCCGACAACGCGAGCUGCCCCUAUUUCCAGCAUAACGAUCGCGGAAGCAUUUGGUUGGGUCAUCGCCCAAGUACGGGAGAAGAAUCUCGAGGGAAGGGCAAUAAUUUCGUUCUCGAUGGGUAUGUACUGUUACUAG